ACGCUUAAAGCCUGAUUGGGUGCCACGUCCACACUUUCUGUCACACAUCGGCCGUUACGACAGUUGAUAUCGGGAUAUCUCAUUUAUACAUUCAUGUGCUUUGAAGUCCACGUUGAAAUAAUUUCGGCGAUGAAGAGGAUUUUUGUUCUGCUGCUGAUGUUUGCAAAUUGCAAGGCGCAAAGUGAAGACGAAUCCUGUCCAACUGGGUACGUUGGCUUCGAUCCGUCUGGAAAUUGCUUCAAGGUUGGGGGAGAUUACGUGAUGUGGAUUGAAGCUAAAGGCAUAUGUGAGAACGAGGGAGGUAACCUGGCGGUCAUCACGAGUGCAGAGGAGCAGGCAUUCAUUGUCGACCUGUUGAAAAGUCCACAUGUACCAGAAGGGAAUUACGGGUUUUAUAUAGGGUUGAGCAGACCCGCAAAUGGAGCUUGGGCGUGGGUAACUGAGGAGCCGUACGAAUUCAAAGACUGGUAUGGACCUAACCCAGACUUUAGAAUGGAUAAGGACGCCUGUGUUCAGAUAGGAGUGGUGGACAAACAAUGGAGGGACACUACGUGUUCACUAACGCGAAGAUACAUCUGUGAGUUCCCAAGAAUCCACACCUGCAGAUGCGGAGCGAAAAAAGGACAAAGGCGCUAAGGAUGCCAACAGUAGCACCAGGCGAAAAAAUAUACUGGACGUCAUAAAACACUGAACAUUAUUCAGAAAAUGCAAA